AUGUACUACUACUCUAGGUCUCUGACCUGCGUCAAACCAUUCCAGAGCGCGCGAGAGUCAAUCUUGACUCUACUGGAUCCUAUUCUUGGUCGUGCAGGCGCACCUCUCACACAUGCCUUAGCGAUCGACACCAACUUCAUCAAAGCACACGGGCUGCAAUUCGAGGAGUCUUGUGUGGACACGGCUCAGGGGCAGAAGCAUCAGCAUACAACUGAGUUCAUGGACGCGAAGGCGGACUUCAUCGGAAACCUGGACAAUCACAUUGGUCGUGUGACAGCAAAAUGGAAGGAGCAGGGUGUAUACAUCGCGGUUACCAAUAUUGCCGGCUGGUUUGAAUAUGGGAUAAGCGCCAACCUUCUUCGCCAAGCUUUCCUCAAUCCGAUUUACCAAAAAGCGCAGGAGUCUCCUCAAAGUGCGAUCGAAGAUAAGAUCCGCAGUGCCUCCCCGGCUGACCAACAGAAUCCCAUGAAGCCAUCGAUGGACGGAAACGCGAUCGCGAAAGCUCUCAAAGAGGGCUGGGCAAAGCGUGAAUCGUUCAGCAACGCCAAGAUCAUCACGAACGAGACCUUUGCCCUUGUUCUCCGCCGCAUUGGCGACAAGAACGUGCUUCCUCACGUACACGUCAUGCUCGCUUUCCUUUCUAUCUUUGCUUUCAGUCAAUACGUUUCUGAUCUCAUUGCAGACGCUCCUUGGGCUGAACUGGUUGCUUUCCUGAAUGCGUUAGUCAAGACUGAGAACCAAAUCCAAAGUCAGUCGCAAGCGCAAACACCAAGCAUUGAUGCUUUGUUAGCUUCGAAUGUGUUUCCCGCAGACGGCGAGAGAGGCGACGAGCUGCCUCUGCCAGAAGAUUACCUCGUGCGAGGCUUGAUCUGGGCGGACGGCUACUUUCCCAAGACCUGGUUCGAAAGGGAGCAUGAUGAGGAGGAGCGAUAUCUGGAGUUAGCAAGCACGGUCAAGAACCGAAUGGAGAGAGUCUUGAGGCUUGGCUAUUCCAUUGCAAAGGCAAGUAUCUUAUGCUCACUAUCUUGUACUAUCUUCCUAACUCCAUUGCAGCAACAACGUUGGAUCACGUACACUCAGGAUUCUCAUACAUUCUCUGUCAGGUCUCAAUAG